CAAAACCAUAAUAAAACCUCCACGGCAGUCGCGGCCCCGCCUCCGCCGCCGUCAAUAAGAUACGACUUCUCCUCUCUCUCUCUCUCUCUCUCUCUUCCCCUCAAUUCAAUUCCUCGCUCAAUUUCAACCAUAAACUACUCCAAAUGGCCGACCCGACCCGACAACCCAAAUCCACCACGCCCGACACCCGAAAGCUCCGAAACAUUUGCAUCCUGGCCCACGUCGACCACGGCAAGACCACUCUCUGCGACCACCUCAUCUCCGGCUCCGGCUCCGGCAUCAUCCACCCCAAGCUCGCCGGCAGCCUCCGCUACAUGGACUCCCUCCCGGAGGAGCAGCGCCGCGCUAUCACCAUGAAGAGCUCCUCCAUCGCCCUCCGCCACCGCGACCACGCCGUCACCGUCAUCGACUCCCCCGGCCACAUGGACUUCUGCAGCGAGGUCUCCACCGCCGCCAGGCUCAGCGACGGCGCUCUCAUCCUCGUCGACGCCGUCGAGGGCGUCCACAUCCAGACCCACGCCGUCCUCCGCCAGGCCUGGAUCGAGAAGCUGACGCCGUGCCUCGUCAUCAACAAGAUCGAUCGCCUGAUCUCCGAGCUCGAAAUGAGCCCUAGGGAAGCUUAUGUUAGGUUGUUAAGAAUUGUUCAUGAGGUUAAUAACAUUGUUAGUGCUUUUAAAUCUGUUAAAUACUUGAAUGAUGUAGAUGCAAUCCUUUCGGGGCCGGCGGGCUCCGAUGAUGUGGCCUUUGAGGAGAUUGAGGAUGAUGAGGAGCUCAUGUUUCAGCCACAGAAGGGCAAUGUGGCUUUUGUGUGUGCUCUGGAUGGCUGGGGGUUUAGUGUUUCGCAGUUUGCCGAGUUUUAUGGCAAGAAAUUCGGGUGGAGCACUAGUGCAUUGCAGAAGGCGCUAUGGGGGCCUUGGUUUUUUAACCACAAGGAGAAGAAGAUUGUGGGGCAGAAGGGUGUGAGUGGUGUGAGGAAGGCUCGGCCGAUGUUUGUUGAGUUUGUGCUUGAGCCUGUUUGGAGCGUGUACCAGGCGGCUUUGAAGGAGAGGGAGGAGGCUGAGGUGAUGCUUCAGAAGGUGAUCAAGACAUUUAGGUUGACUAUACCGCCGAGGGAUUUGAAAGGUGACGCAAAAGUCAUGGUUCAGACCGUGAUGAGCCGGUGGCUUCCUCUGCACGAGGCAAUUUUGUCUAUGGUUAUUAGGUGUAUGCCGGACCCCAUCGCAGCACAGUCGUAUAGGAUUUCGCGGUUACUUCCAGAGAGAGAAGUUGUGGGUGAUGAGGCUGAUUCUAGUGUGGUUGCAGAGGCAGAGCUUGUGAGGAAAUCGGUUGAAGCUUGUGAUUCUAGGCCUGAAGCUCCAUGUGUUGCUUUUGUUUCGAAGAUGUUUGCUGUCUCAACAAAAACACUUCCAAAGUAUGGGCUAAAUGGGGAAGUUUUGGAUAAUACGUCUAAUGAGGGUGAAUUGGAUGAGUGUUUUCUUGCAUUUGCCAGGAUUUAUAGUGGGGUUCUUCAUCCUGGUGAGAAAAUUUAUGUGCUUUCAGCUUUAUAUGAUCCCUUGAAAGGGGAAUCCAUGCAGAAGCAUGUUCAGGUGGCUAAGUUGCAUUCUCUGUAUCUCAUGAUGGGCCAAAACUUGCAGCAUGUGCCAGAGGCGCAGGUAGGGGAUAUUGUUGCAAUUCGGGGCCUUGGGCAGCAUAUACUAAAAACUGCAACACUUUCAUCAACGAAGAAUUGUUGGCCUUUCUCCAGUAUGUCAUUCCAGGUGUCUCCCACUUUGAAAGUUGCAAUUGAGCCAUCUGAUCCUGCAGAUAUGGGUGCCUUGGAGAAGGGUUUACGGCUGCUGAACAGGGCUGACCCUUUUGUAGAGGUCACGGUUUCUGCUAGAGGAGAACUUGUUUUGUCUGCUGCAGGAGAAGUACAUCUUGAAAGAUGCGUGAAAGAUUUGAAGGAGAGAUUUGCAAGGGUAGGCUUGGAAGUGUCUAAGCCUCUUGUAUCCUUCAAAGAGACCAUUUUGGGAGAUGAAUCCACACUUGAGAACUUAAAAUCAUUUCUUGCUAGUUCAGAAUAUGUUGAGAAAGCGACACCAAGUGGAAGAUGCAUUGUUCGGGUGAAGGUCUUGAAGCUCCCACCUUCUCUAACUAAGGUGAUUGAUGAAAGUUCUGAUAUUCUAGCAGAUAUCAUUGGAGUCAAGGCUGCCCAGGUUGCAAGCACUGUAGAGGAUGCGACUCCGAUUGAAACACUAAGGAACCGUAUGAUGGAGGCUGUGGAGAGUGAUAUUUUGUCUAGUGGUGAGUCUGACAAGGAUCGGACUGAGAAAUGUAAAUUGAAGUGGCAGAAACUUCUUAGAAGGAUCUGGGCGCUCGGUCCCUGUCAUAUCGGCCCUAACAUCUUACUUACUCCAGAAAUAAAAGUAAAUGGUACUGACUCAUCUGUUCUCAUCCGCGGCUCCUCUCAUGUUUCUGAGAAGUUAGGAUUGGUGUUUGCUUCUGACUAUGAGAAUGCAGCUGCUGAGACAUCUUCAGAAGUAACUGAUGAACUAUAUGCUGAAGCAGAGCGCCUUCAGAGCAGUGUUUUAUCUGGAUUUCAACAGGCAACAGCAGCUGGACCUUUAUGUGAUGAUCCUAUGUGGGGUUUGGCAUUUGUGGUUGAAGCUUACAUUUUACCAUUAGUUGCUCAGUCUGAUGAGUUGGAAACCUCCCACCAGCAUCCCGAGCAAUAUGGUAUCUUCACAGGACAGGUAAUGACAGCUGUUAAAGAUGCGUGUAGAGCAGCUGUACUUCAAAAGAAACCACGGCUUGUGGAAGCUAUGUACUUUUGUGAGUUGAUUACGCCGACUGAACAAUUGGGUAACAUGUAUGCUGUGCUUGGGCGACGGCGGACCAAAGUUUUAAAGGAAGAAAUGCAGGAAGGCUCUCCAUUGUUCACGGUACAUGCCUAUGUGCCGGUUGCUGAAAGCUUUGGUUUUGCGGAUGAGCUUAGGAGAUGGACUGCUGGAGCUGCAAGUGCUCUUCUUGUGCUUAGCCACUGGGAAGCACUUGAUAAGGAUCCUUUCUUUGUACCAAAAACAGACGAGGAGAAAGAAGAGUUUGGUGAUGGUUCUAGUGUGCCGCCAAAUACAGCCAGAAAACUGAUAAAUGCUGUGAGACGGCAAAAGGGUCUUCCUGUGGAGGAAAAAGUAGUGCAGCACGCGACAAAGCAGAGGACUUUGGCUCGUAAGGUAUAGAUAGGGGGAGCUAGUAGAGGUAGUUGAUUUUGUUGAUGAGUCAGACAUAGUUUAGAACGUAUAGGGGACAGUUCCAUACUCCUUUUGUGAAAGUACAGAGGUUUUGAUAUUCGUAAUGUACUCUAGUUACUAAUGAUUCUCUUCAGAAUAAUGAAUAUUCAAUUUUGUUAUCCACUGACUGAACUCCAGCUUCUGCUACAGUUGGAUGCUGAGAGUGUUUUGUAAGUUCUUAUUGCUCUUUGUAAACGUGUUCCUCGAUCUGGUUACAUAUAUGACCUAUGAA